GAGCAGGGUUUGGGCUCUCCCCCUCGCAGAUAAUGGGAGGAGCCUGGCCCGAGCAAGCUCUUUCCUUUCGCUGUUGCGGCCGCAGCCAUGAGUAUGCUCAGGCUUCAGAAGAGGCUCGCCUCUAGUGUCCUCCGCUGUGGCAAGAAGAAGGUCUGGUUAGACCCCAAUGAGACCAAUGAAAUCGCCAAUGCCAACUCCCGUCAGCAGAUCCGGAAGCUCAUCAAAGAUGGGCUGAUCAUCCGCAAGCCUGUGACGGUCCAUUCCCGGGCUCGAUGCCGGAAAAACACCUUGGCCCGCCGGAAGGGCAGGCACAUGGGCAUAGGUAAGCGGAAGGGUACAGCCAAUGCCCGAAUGCCAGAGAAGGUCACAUGGAUGAGGAGAAUGAGGAUUUUGCGCCGGCUGCUCAGAAGAUACCGUGAAUCUAAGAAGAUCGAUCGCCACAUGUAUCACAGCCUGUACCUGAAGGUGAAGGGGAAUGUGUUCAAAAACAAGCGGAUUCUCAUGGAACACAUCCACAAGCUGAAGGCAGACAAGGCCCGCAAGAAGCUCCUGGCUGACCAGGCUGAGGCCCGCAGGUCUAAGACCAAGGAAGCACGCAAGCGCCGUGAAGAGCGCCUCCAGGCCAAGAAGGAGGAGAUCAUCAAGACUUUAUCCAAGGAGGAAGAGACCAAGAAAUAAAACCUCCCACUUUGUCUGUACAUACUGGCCUCUGUGAUUACAUAGAUCAGCCAUUAAAAUAAAACAAGCCUUAAUCUGC